AUGGAGAGGAAGGAACAAUUAAUCUUUACCUUCUACUGUCCCAAGGUUCCCAAAGUCAAGGGGUACCAGAAAUACCAAAGGCCUACCCUCCCCACCAACCAACAUCCGAGUGCCUCGAUGCCACCCCAGAGGCUGCAGCAGCAUGUGGAUCAGACACACACCUACAUCCGAAUGUUCUGUGGCAGCCUCUGUGGUUUUAGCCUCCUAAUGCUGAUCUGCGUGUCCCCACUGAACUGGGUGCAGUUCCUGGUGAUCAACAACGGCCUUGAGCUCUACGCAGGACUCUGGAUCUCAUGCACCCAUGAGCUGUGCUGGAGCCACACACCCAAGCCACCCUAUUACCUCCAAUAUUCCAGGGCCUUCUUCCUCAUCUCUGUCCUCACCAUACUUGUUGCUCUUGGCUGGCUCUUCAGAUCUUGCCUCCCUAGAAGAGGAAGAAUGACUCCUAACUUGGAUCUGAAGGUAUCCAUGCUCAGCUUCAUCUCAGCCUCCUGCUUGCUCCUCUGCCUCAUCCUAUUUCUGGCACAGGUUCACUGGCAUUCUAGGGAUGCCAUGGAAUCAGCUCUCCUAUGGACGUAUCAUAUUAAUUGGGGGAGUGACUUCUUAUACAUGUUUGCUGGGAUUAUCUCCUUCCUCAACCACAUAACUUCCAGAUCUCCCCUUGAUCAAAAUAUCACUGCAGUUCCCAUAGACAAGUCAAGGCUGGGGAUUGGUCCAGUGACUACAGUAUCGCCUGCUGAAGAUGCUGGGUCAGAAUCUACACAAACAUCACCUAAUCGUUAUGAUGUUCCAAGCACUGUAGUAGAUGUUGAGGCUGUGUCCUUGCUGCUGAAGGAAGUUGCAGACCAGAAGGAGAUACAGACAGACAAACUGCAAAACUAUGUGAUAAAGGUCAUGAAAGGUGGUGGGGAACAAUCAGAGUAUUUUAAGCAAAGGAGAGACAAUUGGAUUUGCAUUUUAGAGACAUCAGUCUUGGUAACUGUGGAGAAUAAACUGGAGGAGAACAAACCUGGUAGCAGAGAGGCCAGGUACAAGGCUGUUGCAGCAAAAUCCAGGACAGAGAUGACAGAUGCUCUAAAGAACUGGAGACGAAAAUACAAGCCAAUUCUCCCCCGCAUGCACCGCUUGUCUUCCACGCCACCCUACCAGCGCCGGCUCCUGCAGAAAAGCCGCAGCUACAUUCGCCUUCUCUGUGCUUGCUUCUGGGGCUUCAGCUGUGACCCGCUGCUCUGCUUGUCCCCUUUACACUGGGUGCGGUUCACGGUGCUGAAGGACAGGCAGAAGCUCUUGGCGGGGCUCUGGACCGUGUGCCACCACGAUCUCUGCUGGAACCACACACCGAAGGCACCCUGGUUCCUCUCUGGACUCAGUCACUUAAGUUCUCAGGUUUCUCUUCCAGAUCAAAAUCUCCUUGUGAUCCCUAUAACAAGGACAAGGAUAGGAAAUAUAGCCACAGUAGAAUUGAGUCUAUCUGAGGCGAAUUGA